AUGGCUUCUCCAGCCCACUGUUUCUAUUGCUUUGAAAUCCUACAUGCUUCAUUUAAAGGCACCGAGGCCCCGGACCUUUCGUCGAUAGAAUGUUUGUGGGAAGAGCACGAAGCGUUCAAACAGCUCUCUCUGAAAUCCACCUUGGAAAAUGCCAGCGGCGAAAUAGACGAAGAUGAGGAGUGGGAGGGGUUUUCGGACCAACCCACAGGGCAAACCAGAGAUGAAGUACCUGCAGUCAGCAGCGACUCAGGCACGCAGGAUGACGAGGCUGAGGAUUCACGAAGCGGUCAGACAAGUACGGUUCGACCUACUCCGUUAAAGCUACCAAGCAUUUCUCGCCUCCAGGGCCGGCAGUCGCCUGGAUCCUCCAAUUUAUCUACGCCCUCAAGCUUAUCCACCACCUCUUCUCACUCAGCCCUUACACCUGCUACGUCUAUCUCUUCCCAAACUACAGAGUUUGCUCCCCAGGCUUCCCAGAACAAGAGCUUUAGCGCUAUAACCCAAAGAACUGCUAACACUAACUACCCCUUAUUUGUUACUUGGAACGUCAUCGGCAGGGCCGGUCACAAAGAGCUUCGCGGAUGCAUAGGCACUUUUGAACCUCAAGAUCUUCCGUCCGGGUUAAAGUCGUAUGCCCUUUCAUCCGCGUUUGAAGACACCCGUUUCUCGCCGAUAUCGUUUUCCCUCCUACCCUCCCUUUCUUGCUCCCUAACUCUCCUCUCAUCUUUCGAGACUUGUUCCCAUGCGAUGGACUGGGUUUUAGGCACCCACGGGAUUCGCAUUUCUUUUACCCAUCGCGGAAGACGGCAUGGCGCUACUUACCUCCCCGACGUCCCGGUUGAACAAGGUUGGACGAAAGAGGAAACUAUAGAGAGCCUUAUGCGAAAGGCAGGUUGGGAUAGUGUCCCUUUUCACGGCAGUGUUGCCCGUCGAUUCAUGAGAAACAGUAGCGAACAUGAUACCAGGGCCUCAAAGCCAGCGCUACGUAUGCACAAUGGCAGGAGUGGAGAGCAUGGGUCGUAUCGUCUCGGAAAAGCCAAGAGGUGCUAUGACCAGGCUUUUGAAGGCAGGAGGUUGCACUCCCUGCGAAUGUUCUUCCGUUGA